AUGCUGACUAGUCGCAUUGAAGAACCUUCUCAGACCUUUCGGUUCACAAAAGCAGUUUUGUCCCUCACCUGUCACAGAGAAGUGGCAGUCAAUCAAAAGGUGCUGAUUCUGAAGCUCGGCUCCUCGAGGAGAAAUAUCAAAUUACCGUGA